CUCUUGAGGAAAAUUCCCCACAUUAAUUCCGCGAAAGAUGUCUUCCCUCUGAUCCCCAGUUCCACUUGCUCCACAAAACCGAAAGAAUAAUGAUCUUCUCCUUGAACGAGCUCGUCCACUGGCUGGGUCUGACCAUCUUCGAGAUCUGGGUGAACCUCGUGUCCCUGACGAUAUUCACAGUUCUCUUGGCCCUGAAGCUCGACGAGAACUACUUCCUGGGAUUCUCUGGCUGGUGGAUCGUCUUCACACCCCUCUUCAUAGCCGAUGGACUCAACACGUACUUCUGCGCCAUAAUAUUCAUCAGAAUGCACAUGGAGGGGAUGAUCAAGGUGGGGAUCCUCAGGGCCCUCUGGAGUCUCAUCUCUCUGCUCCUCGUCUUCGUGUUUAAGUAUCUCCUCUGCAAAAAAUUAUCGGGACAGAGUAGUCUGGAGUACUCAGAGGUCUUCAGCCCUGUGUUCAUUCUCCUUCAGCUGAUCGCUGUGAGGGCCUGCCAACUGCACUGACCUAGGCCUCCGGUCGAGGCGAAUAUUCAAGUCUGCAUGCUCAGUGCUAAUCCUGAUUUAAUCAACGGGUACUUCGCCGCUGAGUUCAGAUGAGAUUCAUUGUAAUUUUGUCAUUGUGGGGAGUUGUUCAUUGAACUGUGUUUAUACUGGGUAGGAGUUAAGGAAUGUAGUGCAUAAGUUUUUUAUUAUUAAAUGGUUACAGUGACUUUAUUGAAGA